AUGGUAAAAGAUAACAAGAGGGUGAGGAAGAGGUUAAAGCUAUUGGAAGAACUCGACACUGGUAGUCUGUUGCCAGAAUUUACAGUCGAUUCUAAGGCUUCAAAUUGUGUCGAAGUAUUUGACAGAUGUAGCAGUGGCUUCAUUACAUUCGAACUUAUUACCGGAUACGUGUAUACGUCUCCCAGUGAUACCAUGGAACUAGUCCCCGGGACAUUGAAGCUCACCGACUGCCUGGCCCUGUGCAAUGGAAAUGCCACUUGCCAGGCUAUUAAUUUUGAAACGGGACUAUGUGUUCUCUUCAGUUCAAGUGCUGUGCAAAGACCCUCCUCUCUGACGCCAUCACAGUUCCCGGUGUUCACCAUCUAUGCCCACAAAGUCUGUUUACUAGGAAGCAAACGUUGCAAUCGUGACUGGAUGUUCGAGCGAGUGACUGAUUACGAGUUGCGAGAUUUCUCGCGAAGCUCUGCCAUUGUUAUGUCCCGUGAAGCCUGCAUGGAACUUUGCCUGAAUGAGGCACAAUUUAGCUGCCGAUCCGCCAACUACAAUCGUCUGACAGGGGAGUGUUUCUUGAACGACAAGGACCGUACAUCCCUGAGCCAUACAGCCUCUGUAAGACAUUUCUCACAAGCCAGUGACAGUAUCGACUAUUUGGAAAGCAACUGCGUGGAUGAAUCUCUCCGAUUGUGCGACUUCCGCAAACUGAAUGGCAAGCUCUUGAAGACAGUAGACGCAGUCUAUCAGGACGUCAAAUCUUUGGAAGAGUGUCGCCAGAAAUGCCUCAGCGUCAACUACAGGUGUCAGUCCUUCGACUAUGGCGACCCCAGUCAACAUGUGUGCCGACUGUCCCAUCAUUCCGUUUCGACCCUCACCCACAUACAAGACCCUUACUUGGACAUCCCAGGCGUCAUUACAUACGAGAUUUCAGCCUGUUACAACGUGACUAUUCAGUGCAAAUCCAGAGAAAUGAUAGCAAAAGUAAAAACAACCAAAGCCUUCCACGGAAGAAUCUAUGCCAAAUCGAGGCCAAAUUCCUGUGUCGCAGACGUUGCCAACACAGAUGAUUUCGAAAUCAAGAUGGCAUACCACGACCUGAAUUGCGAUGUUAAGCAACAUAAUUUCGGCGAGUUCUCCAACGACAUUGUGAUCCAGCACCACGACAUGAUCGUCACCAAUCAAGAUUUGGGUCUGUCCCUCCACUGCCACUACGACCUGUCCAACCGCAGUGUUUCGCAUGGAGUGCAACUUGAAAUAAAUGGUGAGGUAGAUCCCGCAGGUACUCAAUCGGCGACCGUCAGUGCACCCAAUGUGACGAUGAUGAUCACCGACAGGAGCGGAAAUGACAUCACUGCUGCCCAAGUUGGCGAUCCCCUCGCCCUUCGCUUCGAGAUAAUCGAUGAAAACAGUCCAUAUGAGAUAUUUGUUCGAGAGUUAGUGGCAAUGGAUGGUAUCGACAACAGUGAAAUUCUACUCAUCGAUAGUCUUGGAUGUCCUACGGAUAUCACCAUUAUGGGCAGCCUCGGAAAAGCAGCAAAUUCUGGAAAGACUCUACUGGCUCCAUUCGAAGCCUUCAAGUUUCCAACUUCGGACAUAGUCCAGUUCAAAGCUCUAGUCACACCCUGCCUCCCAAGCUGCGAACCGGUGGAAUGCAGUGUUCAGAGUCAUGGCCAGACCCGCGACUUCAUGUCCAUGGGCCGAAGGAAGAGGCGUGGAGCCGGAACUUAUGGCGUGGGCAGCAUCGGGAAGGUGGCCGACAAAGAUGACAUGGUCGUUGUGCAGACCAUCCAGAUCACAGACAAGUUUGGAUUUCAGAAAGAAGAAAAGUACCCCCUCCGGAAAGGAAGAAAUGAUGGCAGCGAAGAGCUCAAGAAAGAGACCAGCUGUGUCAACCUUGUGGGACUCGUAGUGGCUUCCUCUCUGUUUCUGGUUGCUCAACUGUUGCUGAUCCUCGCCUGGGCCAUCAUGUGGCAGAGGAGGAGGAGGAGCAAGCUGGAUGAUCAAUCCUCCACCAGCUCACACUCCUUUGCAUCUCAAUACUUUAUGGGCAGAAGGCACUAG